CCCAGGAGGGCCUCCUGCUGUGACGCCAGGAUGGAGGGGAUCAGUCAGGAGAAGCUGGUCUCUGUGUCCAGUCUGGUGAGCGUGUUUGAGAGCAACAGGAGUCCUGACUCAGGAUCUCGAGCCCAGCAGCCAGAGGUUGAGCCUCCUCCAUUUGAUCAGCCUUGGGAUAAACUUAGCAUGGAGGAGGCCCAGGCGCCUGGGCAGAGGACGGUCAGCAUGAGGUACCUGAACUCUCUGAAGAAUAAGCUGUCCACUGAGAGCUGGAGGAAAUCGUGUCAGCCUGGAACCAGCCCUAAAGCAGGGCCACAGGAACCUGAGGAGAAGAGGAUUGUCCGGGAGCUGCUGGAGACUGAGCAGGCCUACGUGGCCCGCCUCCACCUGCUGGACCAGGUGUUCUUCCAGGAGCUUCUGAAAGAGGCCCGAAGCAGCAAGGCCUUCCCUGAGGACGUGGUGCGGCUCAUCUUCUCCAACACCUCCUCCAUCUACCAGUUCCACGCGCACUUCUUUCUCCCCGAGUUGCAGCGGCGGCUGGACGACUGGGCCACUACGCCCCGCAUCGGGGACGUGCUGCAGAAACUGGCUCCCUUCCUGAAGAUGUACAGUGAAUAUGUCAAGAACUUCGAGAGGGCGGCCGACCUGCUGGCCGUCUGGACAGACAAGUCUCUGCCCUUCCAGGAGGUUCUCACCCGAAUUCAGAGCAGCGAGGCCUCAGCCAGCCUGACCUUGCAGCACCACAUGCUGGAGCCCGUGCAAAGAAUCCCUCGCUACGAGCUACUGCUUAAGGAGUACCUUCAGAAACUGCCAGAGCAGGCCCUGGACAGGGCAGAUGCCCAGAAAGCCCUGGACAUGAUCUUCUCUGCUGCCCAGCACUCCAAUGCGGCCAUCACAGAGAUGGAGCGGCUGCAGGGCCUGUGGGAAGUUUACCAGCGCCUGGGUCUGGACGACGACCUCGUGGACCCCUCCAACACCCUGCUCCGCGAGGGCCCCGUGCUCAAGAUCUCCUUCCGACGCAGUGAGCCCCUGGAGCGACACCUGUUCCUGUUCAACAACAUGCUGCUCUACUGUGUGCCCAGGGUCAUCCAGGUGGGUGCCCACUUCCAGGUGAGGACCCGGAUCGACGUGGCCGGAAUGAAGGUCCGGGAACUGAAUGACGCCGAGUUUCCACACGCCUUCCUGGUGUCCGGGAAGCAGCGCACCUUGGAACUGCAAGCCCGGUCUCAGGAGGAAAUGAGUUCCUGGAUGCAGGCCUUCCAAGCUGCCAUUGAUCAAAUCGAGAAGAGGAAUGAAAGCUUCAAGGCUGCGGCUCAGGGCCUGGAAGGAGACCCCCAGGAGGAGAUACAGGCUGAAGAGCUGGGCCUAAGGGCACCGCUGUGGGUGCGCGACAAGAGGGUGAGCAUGUGCAUGCGCUGCAGGGAGCCCUUCAACGCUCUCACACGCCGCCGCCACCACUGCCGGGCCUGUGGCUACGUCGUGUGUGCCCGGUGCUCCGACUACCGGGCUGAGCUCAAGUAUGAUGACAACAGGCCUAACCGCGUCUGCCUGGACUGUUACACCUUCCUUACUGGGAACGUGCUCCCUGGAGACAAGGAGGACAAGAAGCGGGGCAUCCUGGAGAAAGGCUCUGCUGUGGAUGCAGAACAGAGCAUCAUGUGCAGCUUCCUGCAGCUGGUGGGGGACAGGUGGGGCCGGAGUGGCCCAAGGGGCUGGUGCGUGAUCCCCCGCGAUGACCCCUUGGUGCUCUAUGUCUAUGCUGCCCCUCAGGACAUGCGGGCUCAUACCUCCAUCCCCCUGCUGGGCUACCAGGUGACCUCGGGGCUUCAGGCAGACCCUCGUCUCUUCCAGCUGCAGCAGUCAGGCCAGUCCUACACCUUCAAGGCGGAGAGUGAGGAGUUGAGGGGUCGAUGGGUGAAGGCCAUGGAGCGGGCAGCCAGCGGCUGGAGCCCGGGGAAUACCCUGGAGGGGGACUUGUCUGACUGAGCUGCACCCCAGUCCCACUCUGCCCUCUGAC